CCCAUUCACAAAAAUGGCAAUCGCGUAUCAAGAAUCUUGAUGCUAUGAGGCUGAUUUUCCCUUUCCUUGUAAUCUGGAUUACCGGGCCUGCCAUCCGUAGGUGUCAUAUCUACGGAUUGAUGGGAUUCAAAAACCAUAGCAAACUUGUCAAAAUUUCGCAAACAUAAUUUAUGUCAUUGCUUUCACUUUCCAAUUGUCCUUCAAAUUCCUUCAAAAUUGUUAAUUGAACCAUUAGAACUUCGAAAUGUAAAAUUGCGAUUUCCAGGAAGGGCACACAAUGUCGCACUUCAAAAAGAAUAUUCUCGAUUCACGUCAGCAGCUUGCCCCAGAAAGGACACUUAAUCGAAAAAUUACAGUUUUUGGUACGGACCCGGUUGGUAUGGCUUGCGCUCACGCUAUCGCGAAUCGAGGAUUGGCGACAGAAAUUUGUAUUCUGGACAAACAAAGCUCAACCUUGACCGGAGAAAUUUUAGAUAUUAAAUUUGGCGCAUACUUCAUGGACAAUAUCAAGAUCAUUGGAACAUACGACUUCGAAAAGUCCAUGGGUUCGGAUAUCAUUAUUAUUGCUUCUGGGGUGACCCGACUGCACGGUGAAUCCCAAGCCGAGUUGUUGGAGCAAAAUCACGAACUAAUCCUCAAAAUUGUCCCAAAAUUAAUGAUCUACAAUAACAAUCCGAUCCUGAUAGUUUUCACCAUACCCAAUAACAUCCUGACGCAUUUAGCAUGGAAGCUAUCAGGCCUAUCAAGCUCUCGAGUAAUUGGUCUUGGCAACAUCCUGUACACGUCCCGUUUGAACAAUAUGAUGGCAGAUCGGUUAGGAGUGAGUCCUUCAGAGGUUUCUACAUGGGUUAUCGGAGAUACUGGUAGUCAUAGCAUUCCAGUAUGGAGCUGUUCUAACGUAGCUGGAGUACGGUUACGAGACAAGUACCCAAAAAUAGGGAAAGAAGGUGAUGGGGACAAUUGGAACAGGUUGCACAGAAAUGCAGUUGAACUAGACGAUACAAUCAGUAGUUCAAAAGGGGCUGCUUGCUGGUCAAAGGCCAUUGUGUGUGCGACUUUAGUUCACGACAUCUUGAACAACACCAGAAAAAUCAGAAACGUGUCCACGUUGGCCAAGGGACACUACGGUAUCAAAAAGAACGUAUUUUUAUCUCUGCCAUGUGUCGUGUCUGCAGAAGGAGUUAAACAUGUUCUGAGGUUACCUCUCGAUGUAGAAGAACAUCAUAAGCUUCAAAAGGCAGCAAAAGAGGCGGACGUUUUUCGACCCGGAAGCGGAUUGCGCCAAAUUAGAUAUUAAUGCGUGUAUUUAUAUAUUUAUACUAUUUUUAAUAUGUAACACUUCCUGUUACUUAGUGGACGUUUAUAGUUGGCCUGAACGUCCUGAAAACUGAUCCGCCAAAUGGUAAUCAUCCGCGAAAAGUCGUGGGGUUUUGAUUCAAAGACCAAGCCAAUGUCCAAUUUGUUAUGAUAAUAAUGGUUCCUUCAAAUUAUAACAAAACUUAUCAAGUAACACUGCAAAUUCGACGUU